CCUACAGACCUACAAAUUGAAGCAGUAGCAAAAGCACUGGUGAAACAACAUCCAUGCCUCAAGGAGCAAGGCUCGCAGACAGGAUAUUAUGGGUGGAAGGUUACUUCAAGAUGAAGUGAAGAAGAAGAAUAAUGACCAAACAGUCAACGAUUUAAUGAAGAAGACCUUUCCACUAAGGAAGAAAGAUAUUGUUGUAUCCCAGGCCCUGAUAGCAGACAUUUGUGAGAGAUGGCCAGCUUUGUGCACCGAGUCACAGGUUUGUGAGGAGUUUGCAAGAAUAACUGCUAUUUCAUUGAGGUCAACCUUCUACCAAAAGUUAGAUCAACACACUCCAAAGCUGUUGCGUCUAUUUGAAAAGAAAGUCGGAGUUCAUAGGGAUAGAAUCAGUAGUGUUGGACAAGCUGAAGGAGGUAUGUACUUGGUUGUAUGACGAUUGCUCCUGCGACAAUGGCUCCAGUCCAACUUUGCCAUAUAAGCCAAAUAUAUAUAAAAAACA